UGUUGGAAGGGAGGUAGAAUUUAUACAGCUGCACAGGAGAUUUAGCAAGCAUGGUGGUAUCAGCUCAGAUGUUGUUAGUGCACAUAAGGAUCAGGUUUAACAGGUUUGUGCUCAGGACUUUCCAAUCACACCAAAAAUCUCCAUCAGAAGUUAGGAAGCACCCAGAAUUUUCUAUCUCUAUAUUUAAUGUUUGGCUUGAUGCUAGCUGCUCUUCUGCCUUUCUUCCUUUAAUGUGACUUUGAAGUGUCUUUGCUUUUUCUGUGGCAUUUUUGAUACUAGAGCCAUGUGAAUGUGGGAGUUGAAGAUGAGUGCUGCUGCACAGAUCCUAAGUAAUUUUUGUUGGGAGUUAAUUUUUGAAAUGCUUUAAUUGAAGCACUUGGACUUUCUCCAGAGAUCCUUCUGCAUAAGCAGCACACUAACAUAUGUGUCUUAUUUACAGGCACAGAGUUCUGUUAAAACUCUUCAGGUUCGAGAAUCUCUGCAACUUCUACCCCCUGUGUUUGUUGUAUAAGUAAGGGAGUAAGAGCCAUCAGAUUACAAGCCUCCGUGUUUCUCUCAAAAGACUAGUCCUUUUUCCAUGGAAGCUGAAGAAAUGAUGGAAUGUAUCCAGGAAUUCCCUGAGCAUUAUAAAGUUAUUUUGAAUAGGCUGAAUGAACAACGUGAGCAGGAUCAGUUUACAGAUAUCACUCUGAUUGUUGAUGGUCACCAUUUCAAAGCUCAUAAGGCUGUUCUUGCUGCCUGUAGCCAGUUCUUCUACAAUUUUUUCCAAGAUUUCACUCAGGAGCCCUUGGUGGAGAUUGAAGGUGUAAGUAACAUGGCAUUUCGUCACCUAAUUGAGUUCACCUAUACAGCAAAACUAAUGGUCCAAGGUGAGGAAGAAGCAAAUGAUGUUUGGAAAGCAGCUGAGUAUCUACAGAUGUUAGAAGCAAUCAAAGCACUUGAAAUCAGGAGCAAAGAAAUUUCAUCACCCUUAGAAUCAAAUCAAAUACAAGAUAAAAAUAAACCAAAGAAGAGGAAGGUAGCUGAAACUUCUAAUGUUAUCACAGAAACACUACCACCUGCAGAAUCAGAGCCUGUUGAAAUUGAGGUUGAGGUUGCUGAAGGGAUCAUUGAAGUGGAAGAUGACAGCAUCGAAACACUUGAAGUAGCUUCUGCAGAGCAAUCCAUAAAGUACAUACAGACAACAGGUACAUCAGAUGCAUCUGCUUUGGCUCUUUUAGCAGAUAUCACCAGCAAGUAUCGUCAGGGAGAGGGAAAAUGCCAGAUCCAGGAGGAAGAUGACAGUGCAUCUGAUACCUUGUGCAAACAGGUAGAAGGUUUUGAAAUUGUGGAACUUCAGCUGUCACAUAUGAAGAAUUUAUUCUGCUGUGAGAAAUGUAACCGUUCAUUUAAAUUGUUUUACCAUUUUAAGGAACACAUGAAAACACACUCUACUGAGAGGUACAAGUGUGACAUAUGCAAAAAAAGGUACCUACGAGAGACUGCUUUGAAACAGCACCUCACCUGUUACCACCUUGAUGAAGGUGGUGCCAGCAAGAAGCAAAGACCUGGCAAAAAAAUACAUAUAUGCCAGUACUGUGAUAAGCAGUUUGACCACGUUGGACAUUUUAAAGAGCACCUUCGGAAGCACACAGGUGAAAAACCAUUUGAAUGUCCAAACUGCCAUGAACGCUUUGCUAGGAAUAGCACGCUCAAAUGUCACCUCGCAGCCUGUCAGUCUGGAGCUGGAGCUAGAAAGGGAAGAAAGAAGCUGUACGAAUGUCAGGUUUGUAACAGUGUGUUUAACAGCUGGGAUCAAUUCAAAGAUCACUUGGUAAUACAUACUGGUGACAAACCCAACCACUGUACCUUAUGUGAUUUGUGGUUUAUGCAAGGCAGUGAGCUGAGAAGACAUCUCAAAGACAUGCACAAUAUUUCAGAACAUAUAGUGACAGAAGAGGUUCUUCCAGUGGAAGCUGUAGAAGCUGAACCAGUAACAUCAAUGACUAUAAUAGAGCAAGUGGAGCAAGUCCAUGUCCUACCAAUAAUUCAGGUACAGGUGGAUCCUGCACAGGUAACUGUGGAACAGAUGCACCAGGAUGUCAUACAGGACAAUCUAAUAAAAGGCACACAGGUGGAUGAACUGCAAGAACAGGUGCAAAUUAGUUAUUUGGAAGUUGAACAUAUUCAGACUGAGCAAGGUGCUGAAGUUCACGUAGAGCAGUUACAUGUUGAGCAUGUAAAUCAAAUACAGGUGGAAGAUGUACAGGCCGAACUUAUAAGUGGAACAGACCUGGAACAAGUAGAAUAUGGAAGUGCUGAUCAAGGAGAAGCAGAAGAAAAGGAAUCUAGUCAUGUAGAUGAUGUGGAUAAGGAAGAUCAUGAACAAGCUGAAGACUUAAAAACUCAACAGUUAGCAGACACACAGAAUGAAAAGGCAAAUUACUAAGACAACCACACUGUGCAGGUUUAGGAAUGAAAUGCCCAAUUAUUUUUGUUAGCUUUUACAUUGAUUUUUGAACUCUCAGUGAUCACAUUUCCAAUAUGCUGUCCUUUGGACCAAAGUUAUCUUUCUUUAUGUGCAACUAAACUUCUAUGUGAAAAAUAACUUACCCAUUCAUGAUAUACCAUGGAACAAAAACUACCAGACACAGA